AUGCCAUACUCCACUCUGCCCCCUGCUGCCUGCAUGCUGCACCUGCCAGUAACAGUCUUCGUGUGUCCGGGGACCCUACUGCGGGUGCAGGCGGCUAGCUCACUGCAGGAGGCGGAGCACCAGGCGGGGGCGUGGUGCAAGGACCCGCUGCAGUCUGGGGACCGCUUGUACGUCAUGCCCUGGACCCCCUAUCGCACCGACAUGCUGUAUGAGUAUGCCUCCUGGGAAGACUUCAAACAGAACCGAGCCACCACUACCUACAAGUUGCCCAACAGAGUUGACGGCACAGGGUUUGUGGUAUACGACGGUGCAGUGUUUUACAACAAAGAGCGCACACGAAACAUAGUCAAGUAUGACCUACGGACACGAAUCAAGAGCGGUGAGGCCAUUAUCACAAAUGCCAACUACCAUGACACCUCACCCUACCGCUGGGGAGGGAAAUCAGACAUCGACCUGGCAGUGGAUGAGAACGGCCUCUGGGUGAUCUACGCCACAGAGUCCAACAACGGGCGACUGGUGGUCAGCCAGGUGAACCCCUAUACUCUGCGCUUUGAAGGCACCUGGGAGACCAGCUUUGAUAAGAGGAUGGCAUCCAACGCCUUCAUGGCGUGCGGUGUGCUCUACGCCGUGCGGUCCGUCUACCAGGACGAUGACAGCGAAGCUGGUGGUGACCUGGUGUUGUACGCCUACAACACCAACCAUGGCCGUGAGGAGCCUGUCAGCAUCCCUUUCCCCAACCCGUACCAGUAUAUUUCUUCUGUGGACUACAACCCUCGAGACAACCAGCUGUACGUGUGGAACAACUACAAUGUGCUGCGCUACAACCUGGAGUUCGGACCACCAGACCCCACCACAGGUCCUUUGACCACCACCCAAGUGACCACUCUUCCAGCCAGGCCCUUCACCUCCAGUGCCAGCCCCACCACUGCCCGUCCUCUGGCCCCUACAUCCCGCCCAAUCGGCUCCAUCAACAAGCAUCCUGAUCUUCGACCAAUAACAGCCACUGUGCCUGUCACCCGCCGGCCACCCCGCCCACCUCUUGGCCCCGAGCCGCAAGUCUGUGAGGCCAAACAGAUCCGUGGGGUCCAGUGGCCCACCACCCAAAGAGGAGAGACAGUCGACCGCCCGUGUCCCAAAGGAUCUCUGGGCAUCGCUUCGUUCCAGUGCUUGGAGGAUCAGGUCAUGUGGAACCCGCGGGGUCCUGACCUCAGUAACUGCACCUCCCCAUGGGUCAACCAGGUGGCCCAGAAGAUAAAGAGUGGGGAGAAUGCUGCCAACAUAGCGGGGGAGCUGGUGAACCACACGCGAGGUCGUAUCCAAGCCGGAGAUGUCAGCUCGUCCGUACGACUCAUUGAGCAACUGCUGGACAUACUGGACGCCCAGCUUCAGGCCCUGAGGCCGGGGAACAAGGAGUCAGCUGCACGGAACUACAACAAGCUCCAGAAGCGUGAGCGGACCUGCCGAGCCUACAUACAGGCUGUGGUGCAGACGGUGGACAACUUGCUGCGGCCCGAGGCCCUGGAGUCAUGGCAGGACAUGAACACCACAGAGCAGGCCCACACUGCCACCAUGCUUCUGGACGUCCUGGAAAAAGGAGCUUUCCUGCUUGCCAAUAACAUGUAUGGGAAUCGCUUUUCAGACCGAGCUCCCAGCAUUGAUCUCGAGGUGCAUGUUCUGAACACAGAGAUGGACCUGCAGGAUUUGUCUUUCCCACAGAACUACGCCAGUGACAGCACCAUCCAGCUAUCAGCUUCCACUAUCAAACAGUACAGCCGAAACGGACAAGUCAAGGUGGUGUUCAUUCUGUAUAAAAACUUGGGUUCCUUCCUGUCAACUGAGAAUGCCACAGUGAAGAUGGAGAUGGAGGGACUGAGCCACGAAAAGAAGCGCUUGGCUGUUAACUCACAUGUAAUUGCUGCCUCCAUUAACAAAGAGUCCAGCAGAGUGUUUCUCACAGAACCAGUGGUUUUCACACUCAAACGCCUACAGAUGGAAAAUUAUUACACUCCCAAUUGCUCCUUCUGGAACUACUCCGAGCGCUCCAUGACAGGCCAGUGGUCAUCUCAGGGCUGCAGGCUGCUGGACACCAACAACACACACACCACCUGCUCCUGCAGCCACCUCACCAAUUUCGCCGUGCUCAUGGCGCACCACGAGCCAGAUUACCAGGGCCGUAUGCACGAACUGAUCCUCUUCGUGAUCACCUGGGUGGGGAUCGUCAUCUCCCUUGUGUGUCUGGCCAUCUGCAUCUCCACUUUCUGCUUCCUGCGGGGUCUGCAGACCGAUCGUAACACCAUCCACAAGAACCUCUGUAUCAACCUCUUCAUCGCUGAGCUUCUAUUCCUUAUUGGCAUCGACAAGACAGAAUACCACAUUGCCUGUCCCAUCUUUGCUGGCCUUCUGCAUUUCUUCUUCUUGGCUGCCUUCUCCUGGAUGUGUCUGGAGGGUGUGCAACUCUAUCUCAUGCUGGUGGAGGUCUUUGAGAGCGAGUACUCCCGUAAAAAGUACUACUAUCUGUGCGGCUACUGCUUCCCCGCACUGGUGGUGGGCAUCUCUGCGGCCAUAGACUACAGGAGCUAUGGGACCAAGAAAGCAUGCUGGCUGCGAGUGGAUAACUACUUCAUCUGGAGCUUCAUUGGACCCGUUUCAUUUGUUAUUAUGCUCAACCUCAUUUUCCUCAUGAUCACUUUACACAAGAUGAUCCGCAACUCUUCAGCACUAAAGCCUGACUCCAGUCGUCUGGAUAACAUUAAGUCGUGGGCACUGGGGGCCAUCGCCCUGCUGUUCCUGCUGGGGCUGACGUGGGCUUUUGGCCUUCUGUUUAUCAAUGAGAACACAGUAAUCAUGGCCUACCUCUUCACCACCUUCAACGCCUUCCAGGGCAUGUUCAUCUUCAUCUUCCACUGUGCCCUGCAGAAGAAGGUCCAUAAGGAGUACAGUAAGUGUCUGCGUCACUCCUACUGCUGCAGCCGCACCUCCACCACAAGCUCCCACGGCUCCCUGAAGAAACUCGGGACUGCGUGCCAACAACCGCUACUACAGCGGCAGCCAAGCUCGCCAUGCAGCAGCCCACAGACAGUGACCCAGAGGAGUCUGAGAGCUACACAGCCGACCUCACUGAGAGCCUUGGCCACAGUGGGCACAGUGGCCAGAGUAACAGCGGGCAGGGAGGCAACAGAGCACCUGACUCACCUGCCCGUGACUCCCUGUACAACCAGCAUCACUAACCUGCGAGACUCACCUUACCCAGACAGCAGUCCUGAGCCCCUGGAGGUGGUGCCCCGCUCAGGCUCAGCCCCCUGA